AUGAAAUUUUCAAAGAAGGAAAAUUCAUCUGAUACACGAUUGGCUUUAAAGCUAUCGUCACUUGUGAUUCUUUUGACAUUAUGCUACUCGAUGGUGUCAACAUUACUUCCGGUAGUUAAAGUUACAAUUCCUGAUGGGUGCGCUACAGCAUGCCCGCCUCAAAACAACCCUGAAAGAUUUAUCUGCGCUCGAAGUCGACACACUGGUCGUCUGGGAAUGUUCGACAGCGAAUGCUUUUUUGGUCGAUAUAAUCAUUGUGUUCGCGUAAAUGAGCGCUACGAUUUCGUACGAUAUGGAGUUUGUCACAGCACCGACUUCUGA